AUGGAUGUUCAUGCUGCUUUUAAUGAGAUCGAAGUAAAAAGAGCCGAGGAAAGAAGAAGCGAACGAGAAAGACGACUAGCUGAAGAAGCCACCCAAAAGAACAAAAGUGUUAUUGAAGAUAUUCAAGAAGCUGGUGGAUCUUCAAGUCAACCUGAGAUUGAUGGAUCAUCAAAUCAAGAAGAUAUUGAAAUGGUUGAAGCUGAAAAUGAACAAGAGGUUGAUGUUCAAGAACAACAUGUUGUUGAGAUUCAAGAACAAGUCAUGGAAGAUGUCACUGAUGAACAAGGUCAAGACUUCAUGAUGAUUGGUGAGUCUUCUGAACCCUUUGAUGUUAACAAUAUUCUUCAAAGAGUAGUUGUUAUUCAAAGAAAAAGAAAAGCUAGAGAAGUGUUGUUAUUGGAAUGGAAGACGCAGCAGUUUGUUCUUGUUGGAGAUGCUCGCUUAGUGCCUUAUAGUGUUAAGGAAAUUGCUCGUCGAAUGAAAAUAAAAGAAAGACAAAGAAAGGCAAAGAUAGCACGUGGAGAGAUUGUUGAUGAUGAUUCUGAUAUUGAGUUAUUUGGAAACGAAGAAGAAGAAGAUGAAGAUGAUAAUGAUGACAAAAAAGAUGACAAGCCUGAUGAUACUAAAAAUAAAGAUGAUAAGGGUGAUGAUGACAAUGAUCAAGGUGCUUCCGGGUUAUUGAUCAGAGAUCCAAUUCUUCAAGAAAGAAUCGAUGAAUUGAUGAAUGAUGAAAUCAACGAACAAGAGGAUGACUUACAAAAUGAAGCUUCAUCAUCCGGAAAGCAGCAUGCUGAUCAGGUACUUCUUUCAAACCCAACUGUCAUUUAUUUGAAUGUUCAACAAGAAGGAGAGGUUGAAGUUCGGAGAACUAGAGCUGAAAUGCUAGAAGAGUUGGGAUUAGAAGAUGGAAAGUUUAAGUUUGAUAUUGAGGACGAGAUUCCUCAAUCUCCAGAGAAAGAUUUUGAGCCAAGAUAUGCCUAUGAAGCUGAUCAUUAUGAUGAUGUCAUUAUUGAAGAUGCUUCAGAUUCAUCCGAUGAUGAAAUUGAUUUUCAUUAUGCUGGAAUUGAUGCAACUUUUCCUUCAUUAGCUGAAAUGUUCAAAGAUAGAAAUGAAGAUGAAAUCAAAAGGAAAAUUGUUGAAAAAGUUUCCACUGAAGAUGUCCCGGAAACUAUUCCAAGAGAGAUUCUUGCUGAAGAACGGAAGAAGUGGUUCAAAGUUAUGCCCAAAGAAAGAAAAACUCUCAGAGCUCUUCAGUAUUUUACUCACAACAAAAAUCUUUCAUGGGGAGAUAUUCUAUCAUGGGGCUAUCUUGAAGAUCUUAAAGUCUAUGCCAUCAGACGGGAAGAGGGAGUUCAGUACUUUGAAUUUCUAUCAGACAUCAGUUCUCUACCGUUGUGGGAUGUGGAUGAGUUGGUGAAAACAAAGAAUAUCAAGCAGUUCUACUAUGGUCCAGAAGUUAGACAACAUGAUCAAGAUUUGUGGAACUACAUCAAAUGGCAGGAAAAGAAUGGUUAUCCUGAUUAG